GUCGACGGAACCAAAUUUAUCACCCUAGACCCUAGUACGCCCUGACAUCACCCACUUUCGAUCACUGCAAGGACUCUUCUGCUGCAUCCAUCUUUGCAAACAGGUGCGGCAGCUCGCGGCCAUGUCUAGGAGCCAAUUACCGUCCCAGGGAGAGUCUUCUAGACCCCGAUCAUCCGUUGGAAGGCAUGAUGACUCGAUUCGGAGGCAGAAGAUUUUGGUGCUCGGCUGGAGAAAAGCGGGAAAGACAUCCUGCAUCAAGACGGUCUUCGAGCAUGUCCCUCCGUCCGAAGUGGCAUAUUUUGAUUCUACACAGAAAUUCGAGAAGAUAGAUUACGAUACAAUAAUUCCUCUACAAAUAUGGGACACACCAUCGAACUUCGAGCUUGAGACACUCGACGUUCCACUUUCGAGCUUUUCGACAAUCAUUUACGUUAUGGAUAUCCAGGCGGACGACUCGUAUCAUGAGGCGAUGCUCCCUUUCGUCCGCAUACUCUUACGAGCCUACUUGUCAAAUCCGGCGGUCAAAUUUGCGGUGUUCAUUCACAAGGCAGAGUCUUUGUCUGAAGAUUAUAGGGGAGAGAACUAUGCUGAGAUUCAAAGGGCACUGGCAGAGGAAUUGGAAGACUUCCCGUACACCUCACUACAACAGUACUCUUCACUCAACUUUUCCGACCCAUCCGUCACCAACAUCAUCAUCAACAGCAUUCAAUCAGAGGUCAGGUUCGACAUGACCAGUGUCCACGAUGUCUCACUGAGGGAAGCAUGGAGUCGUGUUCUUCAGGGCAUCAUGGAAAUGCUCCCGAGUGUCGAAUCUCUCUUGAUAAACUUCACAGGGAGCUCCGGCAUGGACAACACAUACCUCUUUGACAUGGAAUCUCGAGUUGUGGUCGCUUCUGACAAUCGAGGACGAAACGACGCGACAAUGCAGCUGGUCACAGAAUAUCUGGAUAAAUUUCUUCAAUUCGCGGAUCUGUAUAAAUGCCUAGGAAAGCGGAAAGACGACGGAGAGGACCUGGAGAAUGGCGACAUGUCGAACGGCAGGGAUAAUGGCGUUCCUGAUGAUGAUGAAGAGGAAGAUGAACCGGGGAGCUGGUGGGAUCAAGAGGAUCCAGACGCACCGUGGAUGACACAGAGCACCAAGUUGAUGCCGAAUACAACGAUCGCCCUGUGGCAAUUCACACCGCAUCUCGUGCUGGUCAUACUAGUGAGGACAGAUACGUGGCAAACGCGAAGAGGGAUGAUAGAAUAUAAUCUCACAUUCCUACGGCAAGGUGUGAGGCGGAUCUUAAUGGAAGUCGAGGCAUGAGGAGUAUAUGUAAACAUCAUUACCAUGUAGUUCAAGAAUCUAGCAAUGUUUUGCCACCCUGCGACAUGGCGACCAACCAAAGUCGUGCUGCCCUCAGACUGAUGGACCCCUCCAUGCAGUUGUCCG